UUUUUUCUUUUCAGGUGAAAUGAGCGUAGUCUUGCGAGAUUACAUUCCCAAUUCCGAAUCUAAAACCACGGGGGGUUGUUACUUUCCUGCAGAAUAUCAGGGCGAAUUCGUGAUGCAGGUGAGCGGAAUGGGCGCCGGAGGUAUAAUGUACGAGCCCAUUCAGUAUUCCACCAUUAACAUCACCUUUAACUCGAUACCGGUGUGGGGCUACUGCCACGAGAGGAAAGGCGAUAACGUGCUGCUAAUGGACAGAUACGGCGAGAAAGACUGCGUACGGUGUAUCCGGCUGCAGCAGAGGUCGCGAAACGUUAUCGAGGUGUUCUCUCAAGCUCUCAACCAGUGUUACACACGCACGAAGCUCGCCUCGGAAUCCUGCGCCAAACUGGACACCGCCUCGAUCUUAUAUCGAGCGAAAGAAAUCGGCGGUUUGGCGAUCCGUAACGAGUAUUGUCCCAUUAGAGGUCAAUAUCACUUCAAAUACACAAUCAACAAUGACUCUUCGUUCGAGUGCAACUCAUUCGCUUCCGAAAUUAACAAUUGCCUGGAUGGUUCGGUCUUACACUGGAAUUUCAAACGAUGCAAUUUUCGUGCACACAAUCUCACGUACAAUUGUUUGGGCAGCUGGCCCGGACCGAAUGGUUCUAAUUACUUAGCUCUUUGGGACCCAGACGCCGUUGAUGGCAGGCCUCAAUACAGAUGCGGGCUAUACCACGUUGAUAACGCACAAGGGAAAACUUAUAUGGCAUUCAGCAGUGAUUCGAGCUGCACGCAGGACUUGAAUAAUUCGUCUAGCGGUUACGAAACUUUGAUUCUGAGCAAGAGAUUAAAUGAAAAGAAGGUGCCAGAUUAUGUACAGAAACAUGUUGCCACAUUCCCGAAAUGGGCGCAAGGAGUAUGGGAGGAGUCGUUUAUAGAUAAUGGAACUAUGACUUUCACCGAUGUCAAUGGCUACAACAGUUACACCUUUAUUACGGUGCAUUCAAACGAGGUGCUUGGUCGUUAUUCCGCAUAUUCUACAGAACAAUGCGAGCAAUCUACUUUUAUGUGUUUAAUAAUGCAUCAACGAAGUGAAAAUGUAAUGGAAUUCACGAUAGCUCAUACAGAUGCACCCAUUUUUGGGCCUUUGAAUUUAGACUUCCCUAUAUGCAACGAUCUGAUUAUGAAUGAUCUCGUGUGGAUGACUCAAGCACGUAUAGAACGAGUGGAGUCACCUUGCCCAAUUACGGGUCAGUAUCACGGAGAGAUACCAGAUCUGUUGGGAAUGUGUGCCGAAAUAAGCAGCAACUGCAAUACUCGUGAGAUGAUGUAUUUUAGAGUCAUUGACUGCGAGUCCGGAGAAUUGUUUGAAGAACGAACAUAUCUGUGCUUGGGGCAAUGGGAGGAGAAGGGUAAGGUGAAGGGUGAGGAUAAGAAUGUGACAUAUACUUACACCAUGAGAAAUGACACUAAUACAAAGUACAAACACGAGUGCUUUGUGGGUUUCAUGGUCGAUGACGAUGAAAUAUAUAUAAAGGAAGCUGGCGAUCACUGCGUACGAAAUAUAGAUCCUAUAAAGCAGGGCAUGCGUCUCUCCAAAAAAGGACAUUGCUACGGAAAUUUACCGAGUCCUGCGCCAACUUUUAAACCCAUAAAAACAAAUCCUCAUGAUCCAACACUCAGGAUUACGACAACUCCAUGGUCGAAAAUAUCAGGAGCUACUCAAAUGCCAGGAAAUACAGUUUCUUCGUCAAUUCCUUGCAGAUCGAGUACAUAUACGAAUUUAACGCUUCUCGUUACUGUACUCAUCGCAUUUCUGAAUGCAGCUUUCUCAUACACGCUUGGAUAAUGAUACUGUCUUUCAGACUCGAUAAUGAGCUAGUUAAUGAUUACUGGUAUUUUGAUGCACAUAUUGCUGCAUUUUUGUUAUCGUCGUCAGACAGACAAUGAAAACGUAGGUAGGUCAGUUAUUUAUUAUGAGAAUCGACUCGAAUGUUAUAGAAAGUUUAGAAAAUUUGUGCAUACUAUAGUUUUUCAUCUCGCACGUUACUCCGCCCAUGCCACAUUUUGCGAAAUUAGUAUUUUUUAAAAUUUAAUAAAUCAAAGAAGGGUUUGCUCUGUCAAACAAACUAAACAACGCACAGAGAAACUUGCAGGAAGGAAACAUCCAAUGGCUGCCGAGAUAUUUUUAAUGGUAUUUUUGAGAAAAUAAGUAUAGGAUUGUAUUAAUUCUUCGCCGACGAUGAAGUUGUGAUUAAUCACUUGCAUCCUACUGUGACUAUUAUUUAUUUAAGUAAUAUUCCGAUAGAUGGACGGGCUAGGUUUUCAACAGUCGUGUUUAUACACUGCCUUGUAAGAUGUUUAUUCAAGACUGUUCAUUAUAUUACAGAAGUCCAAAGAGCCGUGGUCUACAUAGUGAUUUUUUAUGAAACAAACAUCACAGAAUAGAAAUGCAAUAUACAAAUUGUCUGUGUAUUUUUCAUCAUCAGGAGUUGCUUGCCUAUUUUUGAUUUUCACUUCGCGUCUAGAAGCGUCUUAUUAUUCUGUUCAGAAUAAGUUCAGUAUAAGUUAAUUCUGAACAAAAUGUAAGACUAAAAGGAAAAUUAAAAAUAGAUAAACAAUUUAAUCUUGAUGAGGAUUCAAUACGGAGAUUUGAUUGUAAGAGUAUGAAAGAGACUGACGGUAUCAUUUUAUGAUUUUAUAAUAAAUUUAUUUUAUGCUGAUACAAUAUAUUUCAAAAUAAAAUUUUAAUUGAUAUUAAAGUUUUAAAGUACACAAGACCUGUCAGGUCUAUAUUUAGAAUUAACGGUGAUAUUUUUUUAUAAUAAUGCAAAUAAAAUAUUUUUUAAAUGUCCAUAGAACAGAAAACAAGCCAUAAUAAAAUAAAUAUAGUUCGACACACAAAGAUAUACGAAUUAACAAUUGCAUAAGACUGACACAAAGGUAUCAUUUUUAUACGAUUUAAUUUCCAGUUUCUCGUCCUCUUUAUUAAACAUAAAUGGCUCUUGUGGAUGUAGAUUCUUAAUCAAUAUGAAGAGAAAUGUAUCUGUGCAAAAAAACAUAUCAGUGAUAUCAAGUUCUAAAAAAAUAAAAGUAUAAAGGCCUGUGUAAGAGUGCUGAUAUAAAUUAAUAAUAUGAAAAAAGAUACUCUCAUCACUUCGUGAUUUUUAAAUUUAUUAUAUGUAAAGUGUAAGGAACAAACUCGCAUGUAAAGAAUAGAUAUUAAUAUAAAAAAAAAAGAAUCAAGAACAUUAAUAUGUAAUGAUAAAGAGCAAGAAACCAAUUUACAAUUGUAAUAAAAGAGCAAUAAAACAACGCCUUUUAAUUGCAAAACUGUUUUGUACAAACACAAAUUAAAAUUGAUAUCACACAAAAAUGUAAUAUUUACCAUAGGCAUGUAAAAAGUUGAUAUCAAAUAUAUUUAUAUGUUAUAUAUAUA